AUGGCAGUGGUCCUAAGCUUUUUUGUUAAAAGAUACAUCGACAAACUAUCUGAAUUUAUCGAGGGAGAGAUAAGUAAAGUGCUAGGCGUUAAAGAAGAAAUUAAGAGACUUCAUAGAAAAUUAUCAAGAAUUAGUAUUUAUAUUCAAGAUGCCGAAAAAAAAAGACAGAAAGAUCCUGUGAUCGACAAUUGGGUGAAGGAAUUAAAAGAUAUCAUGUAUGAUGCAGAAGACAUACUUGAUCUUUGCUUGAUCGAAGGUGGUAGAUUAUUGGAGGCCCAUCCAUCUUCUUCAGGGGUAUGCUCUCCGGUCAGUUUGCUUUCAUCUUGCUUUCAGUGUUCUAAGUUCCGCAGAAACAUUUGCCAUCAAAUAAAAAGAGUUGAUGAAAGACUUGAUGAAAUAAAAGAGGAUAAUCGUGUUAUACCCAGACUAUUAGAGCAUAGAUAUGAAGGACUCCAAGAAACCCCAGUAAAAAAGUCGAUAUCUCCUACCUCUCCCAUACAUGUGGCUGCAGAUAUUGUAGGGACACAAAUUGUAGAUGCUGCAGAAGGCUUAAUUUCGGAGAUAGAGCAUAGCAAAAAGAGAUGCAGUGUGUUGGGAAUUUCUGGGAUGGGCGGAAUAGGCAAGACUAUUCUGGCACAAAAAAUAUUCAACGAUGAAAUGGUGAAAAAACAAUUUCCAAACAGAGUGUGGUUACAUGUAUCCAAGGAUUACUCUCACAUUGAGCUGCUCAAACAAGUACUGAGAGGUGUAAGAGGAAAUGAUGAUGGUGUUCAAAGUAGAGCAGAAGUUGAAGGCAGAAUUGUUUCUCUUCUUUCAGAAAGUUUGCUUCUUGUAUUGGAUGAUAUAUGGAGCGCAAGUGUAUGGAGAGAUUUGCUCAGAAAUCCCAUUUUGAAUGGUUCGUGUAGGACUGCUAUCUUAUUUACCACUAGGCAUGAAGAUGUCGCAACGGAUAUGAGAGCUGAUUUUGUUCACCAUGUUGAGAAAAUGGACCAAGACAAUGGUUGGGAAUUAAUUAGAAAGAUUGUUUUUGGAGAUGGAGAGGAUCAAAUAAUUUCUGAAUUGAAAGAAGUUGGCAUGGAAAUUGUCAGAAAAUGUGAUGGUCUUCCUCUGGCAAUUAAAGUGAUAGCAGGUGUUUUAUUCCGCAAGGAAAGGACUAAGAGGGAGUGGAAAAAUGUUAUUGAAAGUGAUUUAUGGUUUAUGAAAGAGAAUGAAAACGAAGUAUCAAAGGCUUUAUACUUGAGCUAUGAGAAUUUACCUUGUCACCUUAAACAAUGUUUUCUUAGUUGUGCUUUUUACUGUGCCAUAUCAAUUCGAUCAGAUAUAAUCCGACUGUGGGUGGCCGAAGGGUUUGUGAUUGAACGAUCAAAUAGUUUGAUGGAAGAUAUUGCAGAAGACUACUACAAAGAACUUAUUGCAAGCAACCUUUUGCAAAUGGAUAAUAUAUUUUUAACAGGUACAAGAUUUGUUAUGCAUGAUAUUUUACGAUCUUUUGGGGAAAAUUUGAUGGAAGAGGAAGGGAUUAUCAUUAAUAAUGCUCUAUACACAAAUAUAAAUUCUUUGACGAAGAUCCGUCGUUUGUCCAUAUCAAGCCAAGGCGAUUUGUUAUUGCUCCCCAAUGCGAUAAUAGAGCAAAAGUGUUUAAGAGCCCUACACCUCGUUAAUUGUCCUCAAAUCAAGAGAAUAGAGAAUCAUGCAUUUGAAAACUUAAAGCGUCUCAGGGUCUUGGAUUUGUGUGAUACAUCCAUAGACAGCCUCCCAGAUUCUCUUACGAAAUUGCUGCAUCUAAAAUACUUGGGUCUUGAUCGAACAAAGAUUAGAAGGCUUCCUGAAUCCAUUAAGUGUCUUGCAAACCUGCAAACUUUGAAUCUGUCGGGGUGUGAAUCACUGCAUGAACUUCCAAAGGGCAUCACAAGGUUGAUCAAUUUGAGGUGCCUUCGAAUUGAGGAUAAAUUGGAAAGGGCGACAAGUACAGGAAGCAGAAACUUUGUGCUUGCGAACAAAGCAUUUCUUAGGAGAUUGAAUCUUGGAUGGACAAUGAAUAUUAAUGAAUACAGUGAGGAGCAAAUCACUGAGGCGGAGAGGAUAUUCAACCAACUCAGUCCUCCACCGACACUACAAGGCCUUCGCAUCACCGUCAAUUUCCCUGGCCGACAGUUUCCAGAGUGGAUGGUGUCAACUUCUGGACUUGAUUCUUUGGCUGACCUUACAUUUUUUAAUCUUGUCAAUUUUCCAUCAUGUACAGUGCUCCCUCCUUUGGGACAACUACCCAAUCUUAAAAUCCUACACAUUGAAGGAGGAGAAGCAAUCAAGAGUAUUGGGCCUGAAUUCCUGGGAUGCAGAACGCCUGCAUUCCCAAAACUUAUGUAUGUAGCAUUCAAAAACAUGACCAAUUGGGAAACGUGGGUGUUGUCUGAGACACAAGAUGUUGUGGAACCUAACGAGGAUGUUCAUGCAAGGAACCUCAAUUCGUUUCCUAAUCUGAAAGAAUGUAAGAUCAUCCACUGCCCAAAGCUGAAAAAUAGCAUCCUUCCCUCAAAUAGGUAUUUGCAAAUUAAUAACUGUCCAAAUUUGGAAUAUGUGGAAAAGAUUGGCAUGUUUCAGUAUUUCCGAGUUGUUUUCCCCUCUGAAAUACAACAGCUUCCGCAAUGGGCGUCAUGCCUGGUUAAUGUCACUUUGCAUAAAUUUUCCAUGGAAUGCAAUUCACUUCUACUAGAUAGUUGCAGUAAGGGGAAGCAAAAUUGGCACAUCAUUCAACGAAUUCCAAAAGUUACUAUUGAUAGCAUUGAUCGUGAAAGACGCUUAUUGCUCAAUAAGGACUCGUACAAAUACGAAAUAAAGGAUGAGUUUGGAAGCGUAGAAGAAACUUGCCAGACGCUGAGAAGUUACUGGAUCAAGCUCAACCCGAUCAAGUAUCUGUUCGGCGCUAAAGGUGGACAUUUUCUAGGCUAUAUCGUCACCGAGCGGGGGAUUGAGGUGAACCCCGGCAAAGUAAAGGCGCUCCAAGACAUGUCACCACCCCGCAAUCUAAAAGAAGUACAGAGGCUGACCGGAAAAAUCACGGCUUUGUCAAGGUUCAUUUCCAAGUCAUCCGACCGGAGCCUGCCGUUUUUCAAGAUUCUGCGGCGAGCAACCAAGUUCCAAUGGGAUGACGGGUGUGACCAGGCCUUCAAAGAGCUCAAGCAAUAUCUUAGCUCCCUGCCCAUCUUGGCUAAACCGAUCGUGGGGGAGCCGUUUUGGAUUUAUCUAUCAUCUAUCGAGUAUGCAAUUGGAUCGGCAUUAGUCAGGCAAGAGGGGGGAAUACAAUAA